UGACUGAGAAUAGGGACUUUACGCAGAUGACGUUAUUGUUGAAGAGAGGCAGGGACUUCUCUUGCCGUGACACUUGAUCUUUGAAAGGCUGCUGACAUCCACCCAAGUGGGAUGACCAGUUUAGGUGUAAACAAGUGGAGUAAACUGGAGGUUGUUUUUCGCAUAUUCUUUUUGAAUUGUCACCGCUCUCGGGUGUGAUUUGGGUGCUACCGUCUGUGAUGGAAAACACUACUGAUGACUAUAAGAUCCAGUCAUUCGACCUGGACACGCAGAUGUUGCUGAAGACAGCCUUGAAAGAUCCAAGUUCAGUGAACCUGGUGAAGGUAUCCAAUAUCAUCGUGGAUCAGUCUUUAAAGGACCAGGUUUUCAGCAAAGAGGCCGGACGUAUCUGCUACACCAUCGUGCAGGCUGAGGCCAAGCAGAGCAAUGGAAGUGUGUUCAGGAGGAACAUGUUGAACCGCCUCCAGCAGGAGUUCAAGAACCGCGAGGAGAUGAGGGGCCGCUCGCUGCAGGAGUGGGUGUGCUACGUCACGUUCAUCUGUAACGUCUUCGACUACCUCAAAGUGAACAACAUGCCGAUGGUGGCGCUGGUCCAUCCUGUGUAUGACUGUCUGGUCAGGCUGGCCCAACCAGAUGCUCUAAUGAAAGAAGAGGAGGUGGACUGCCUGGUGCUGCAGCUGCAUCGCAUCGGGGAGCAGCUGGAGAAGGUGAACAGCCCGCGGAUGGACGAGCUCUUCUUCCUGCUGCGGGACGGCUUCCUGCUCCAGGAGGGCCUUUCCUCGAUGGCACGUCUGCUGCUGCUGGAGAUCCUGGAGUUCAGGGCCGGAGGCUGGUUGCUCAGCGGCACGGCCCACAAGUACUACUACAGUGAAAUCGCUGACUAGGAUUGUUGCUGAGUUGCUUUUUCUGCAGUUGUGUUAGCCAAACUUCAUGGGUCUUGGAUACCUCUCCUUAGUCUCCUCUGAUUAUACAACCAGCAAAUGUCUGAAGGACAUCAACAUCCUCCAGGAAAACCGUGGAGGGUUUUGAGAAGAUGGCGGUUCAAAAACUGUUAGAAAACCUUUUGAUUUGACUGGAUUGUUCCCACCGCUGGAUCGUGUGACCCAGACAUGGUGCCGUGGAUGUGGAAUGUGCAAUAGUUCACAAGGCGUUGAAGUUCACGACGUUUAGCCACAUGCGGUUUGAAAGAAGCUGAAGAUAUUUUUAUUUUUUCGAUCUUGCAGGCAUUCCGGUUUCUAAGAAGCAUUUCAAAGUCCAACUUAUUUUUUACCAAAUCCAAAGGACUUGGAACAGACAUUCCAGUAAGAUACAAGCUGAUUUGGUUACUGUGACCACAUUUAAUUGAAAUCAAUAUUUUAAUAAUUUAGUUGACCAUUUUUGGGGUGUGGAAUUGACCUUUUUACAAAAGGUUUGAAUUGCUGUUUCGAAGAAUGUUCUGCCUCAUUUGUCCUGUAUGGUUACUGCUGUAUUAUGAGGCUAUUUUAAUUACAUUUUCAUUUUAAUUGAUGCGUCUUCAGUCAGGGACCUUCUUUUAUUUCAAUUCUUUGUUACAGCUCAACUAAUGCAUGAAAGACCAAGAGAGUAGUUAGUUAAUAUUCUACCUUGUUUCUGCAGAUGAAUCAGAUAUUCAAUAUAUUUCUGGAUUCACAAGUAUCAACUCGUGCCAAUAUAACAGCAAUAUGUCUUAACCAAACAAUAGAUUUGCUCAUCAUAUCUUGUAGUAUUUAUCUGAAUCUGGAAAAUAUAUAGGAAGUAAAAUCAUCAAAUAAAUGUUGUGCAAUAAAAAGUACAACAUUUAUCUGAACAUUGUUCUGUAGCUGAGCUCCGUUUCACAUUCUGUUGGUACCUUAGUUGACUCACGGCUUUAGUCUUCAACCAGAGCUGCGCCUUUGAUUCAUUUUACAUCUCUCUGAAAUGGCAUUAUUUUGAAAAGCUGUAUCUGUAAUUAUAUGUAAAUAGUUAAAGGUUAAUAUAAAAUUGGCAGACGGCUCAACCUCAAUGAUAGAAAACGAUUAAAAUAAAAGUGCAGCCACGGCCAAGAUUUAGGAAAUGUUCUAUUAUAUUUCCCCAAAUAUUUGUUUCUAGUUUGAGGAUUUCAGUUUACAGUUUGAUAUUUUUCCACCUCCUUCAGACCAAGUUCAUAAAACAAACGUGUUCAAUGAUAAGUUAGUGAAAUGAGUCCCUUAAUGAGUGCUGACUGCAAUAUGUGUUCAUAUAUUUUAUUACACUGUAACAUUUUUUCAUUUCCCAAUUCCAUUUUUUAUGGUUGGGUUGUACAUUUAAUGCAAAUGUAUUUGUUCUAAUAAAUCUGGGAAGUGUUUCCUUAA